AUGGAGGAGGAGGAGGGGGCGGUGGCCAGGGAGUGGGGCACGACCCCCGCGGGGCCGGUCUGGACCGCGGUAUUCGACUAUGAGGCGGCGGGAGAUGAGGAAUUGACCCUGCGGAGGGGCGACCGUGUCCAGGUGCUUUCUCAAGACUGUGCUGUGUCCGGAGACGAGGGCUGGUGGACCGGGCAGCUGCCCAGCGGCCGGGUGGGUGUCUUCCCCAGCAACUACGUGGCCCCUGUGACCCCUGCCGCGCCCGCGAGCCUCCAGCUCCCCCAGGAGAUCCCCUUCCACGAACUGGAACUGGAGGAGAUCAUCGGCGUCGGGGGCUUUGGCAAGGUCUACCGGGCUCUGUGGCGCGGCGAGGAGGUGGCUGUCAAGGCCGCCCGACUGGACCCUGAGCAGGACUCGGCAGUCACAGCAGAGCAGGUGCGCCAGGAGGCCCGGCUCUUUGGAGCCUUGCAGCACGCCAACAUCAUUGCCCUUCGGGGCGCCUGCCUCAGCCCCCCACACCUCUGUCUGGUCAUGGAAUAUGCCAGAGGGGGCGCACUGAGCAGAGUGCUGGCAGGACGCCGGGUGCCCCCUCACGUGCUCGUCAACUGGGCGGUGCAGGUCGCUCGGGGUAUGAACUACCUACACAAUGAUGCCCCGGUACCCAUCAUCCACCGGGACCUCAAAUCUAUCAACAUCCUUAUUCUGGAGGCCAUCGAGAACCACAACCUUGCUGACACGGUGCUCAAGAUCACGGACUUCGGCCUUGCCCGCGAGUGGCACAAGACCACCAAAAUGAGCGCCGCAGGGACGUACGCCUGGAUGGCACCGGAGGUUAUCCGUCUCUCCCUCUUCUCCAAAAGCAGUGACGUGUGGAGCUUCGGAGUUCUGCUCUGGGAGCUGCUGACGGGUGAGGUCCCCUACCGCGAAAUCGACGCCUUGGCCGUGGCAUAUGGCGUAGCUAUGAACAAGCUGACGCUGCCCAUCCCCUCCACAUGCCCCGAGCCCUUUGCCCGCCUACUGGAGGAAUGCUGGGACCCAGACCCCCAUGGGCGGCCAGACUUUGGCAGCAUCUUGAAGAGGCUGGAAGUCACCGAACAGUCAGCCCUGUUUCAGAUGCCCCUAGAGUCCUUCCACUCUCUGCAAGAAGACUGGAAGCUGGAGAUUCAGCACAUGUUUGAUGACCUCCGGACCAAGGAGAAGGAGCUCCGGAGCCGAGAGGAGGAGCUGCUGCGGGCAGCGCAGGAACAGCGUUGCCAAGAGGAGCAGCUGCGGCGGCGGGAGCAGGAGCUGGCCGAGCGCGAGAUGGACAUCGUGGAGCGAGAGUUACACCUGCUCAUGUGUCAGCUGAGCCAGGAGAAACCCAGGGUCCACAAGCGCAAGGGCAACUUCAAACGCAGCCGCCUGCUCAAGCUUCGGGAAGGCAGCAGCCACAUCAGCCUGCCCUCCGGCUUUGAACAUAAGAUCACAGUCCAGGCCUCGCCAACACUAGACAAGCGGAAAGGAUCCGAUGGAGCCAGCCCCCCUGCCAGCCCCAGCAUCAUCCCCCGGCUGAGGGCUAUUCGCUUGACUCCUGUAGAUGGUGGUGGUGGCGGUGGGACCUGGGGCCGCAGUGGGCCUCCAAAGAAGGAAGAACUGGUUGGUGGCAAGAAGAAGGGCCGGACAUGGGGCCCCAGCUCCACGCUGCAGAAGGAGCGGAUUGGUGGAGAGGAGAGGCUGAAGACGCUGGGGGAAGGCUGCAAACAGUGGUCAUCGAGCGCCCCCAACCUGGGCAAGUCCCCCAAACACACACCCAUUGCCCCUGGCUUCGCCAGCCUCAACGAGAUGGAGGAGUUCGCCGAGGCGGAUGGGGGCAGCAGCGUGUCCCCCUCCCCCUACACCACCCCGUCCCAACUCUCGGUGCCGCUGCCCGCCGAGCCCUCCCCGGGCACCACACCUCCGGCCCGCUCCGGGCCCGGCGCACGACGGCGCUGCGAACUGGCCCUGCUGGGCUGCGCCACGCUGCUGGGCGCCGUGGGCCUGGGCGCCGACGUGGCGGACGCGCGCGCUGUAGACUCUGAGGAACAUCGCCGCUGGCUCGAUGGCCUCUUCCCCCGUGCCGGCCGCUUCCCACGAGGCCUCAGCUCUCCCGGGCGUCCCUCGGGCCGCCGCGACGACACGGCUCCUGGCCCAGGUCUUGUGCCCUCGGCCACCCUUGUGUCGCUGUCAUCCGUGUCCGACUGCAACUCCACACGAUCGCUGCUGCGCUCGGACAGUGACGAGGCCACACCAGCCGCACCCUCCCCGCCACCCUCUCCCCUGGCACCCACACCCUCGCCCAACAGCAACCCCCUGGUGGACCUGGAACUGGAGAGCUUCAAGAAGGACCCCCGCCAGUCGCUCACGCCCACCCACAUCACGGCUGCGCAUUCCGUGAGCCGUGGACACCGGCGGACACCCUCUGACGGGGCGCUGGGACAGCGGGGGGCACCUGAGGCUGUGGGCCCCGGCCCUGGUCCUCGAGACCCCCUGGAGUUCCCCCGCCUGCCCGACCCCCAAGCCUUGUUCCCAGCCCGCCGCCGGCCCCCAGACUUCCCAGGCCGCCCCACCACCCUGACCUUUGCCCCACGUCCCCGGCCAGCUGCCAGCCGCCCCCGUCUGGACCCCUGGAAACUGGUCUCCUUUGGCCGCACGUUCAGCAUCUCACCUCCCAGCAGGCCAGACACUCCAGAGAGCCCCGGGCCCCCCAGCCUGCAGCCCAUCCUGCUGGACAUGGACAUGGAGGGACAGAGCCAGGACAAGACUGUGCCCCUGUGCGGGGUUCACGGCUCCCACUGA